AUGCACCGAGCUGUCUCCAACCAGCGCUCGGGCUCCUCCUCCUCCUCCUCCGGCUCCUUCCAGCCGCCGCCGCCGCCCGCUCACCCCGCCGUCGACCUGCAGCCCCUGUUCCUGGGCGGCCGCAGCCAGCGCGUGUCGAGCUCCAGCUCGGCCUCGGCCCGGGCCCGCAGCAGCAGCAGCAGCAGCGGGGGCGAGGAGGAGGAGAGCAUCAGCAAACCCCUGGUGCCGGCCCCGGCCGCGCCGGCCCCCGCCGCCUCCUCCCCGGCCUCCAGCAGCAACAGCAGCAGCUCGGGCUGCAGCAUGACGGCGGGGGAGCUGUACGGGGGCGCGGGCCCGGCCGGGGGGGCAGCGGCGGCCACCGCUGGAGGGCUGCUGGGGCCGGGCGGGGGCUCCGGCGGGUCGCGCUGGGGCUACAAGGCGCUGUCCCUGGUGCUGCUGCUGGGGCAGGGCGCGCUGCUGGACCUUUACCUGAUCGCCGUCACCGACCUCUACUGGUGCAGCUGGAUCGCCACCGACCUGGUGCUGGCGGCCGGCUGGGGCAUCUUCUUCUGCCGCAACAGCCGGGCCCGGCGCCGGGAGCGCCCCCCGCAGGGUCACCCCCCGCCGCUGCACCCGCUGCUGCUGCACCCCCCGCACGGCGGCCGGGGCACGGGCCGGGCUGGGGGCCCCCUGCGGGGAGGGGACUUCGCCUACGCGCACCUGGCCUGGCUGAUCUACUCCAUCGCCUUCACCCCCAAGGCGGCGCUGAUCCUGGGCACCUCCAUCCUGGAGCUGAUCGAGCUGCGCCUGCCGCUGGGCACCACCGGCUUCCGCGUCACCCUGGCGCUCUCCGCCCCGCUGCUCUACUGCCUGCUGCGGGCCAUCGGCCCCGACGGCGCCGGCCAGCUGCUGCUGCCGCCCCAGCCCCCGCCCCAGCACCGCGCAGCCGCCGCCUUCCUGGCCACCUGCCUAGACCUGCUGGACAGCUUCACCCUGCUGGAACUGGUGCUGCAGCCCGGCCGCCCGGCCCCGCUGCCCGGCCCGCUGCGCUACCUGCUCAUCGCCGUCUACUUCCUCUGCCUGGCCUCGCCCGUGCUCUGGCUCUACGAGCUCAGCGCCGCCCGGCCGCCCGGGGCCGCCCGCCUGGCCCUGCACCUGCUGCUGCCCGCCGGGCUGCUGGACGCGCCGCUGCUCGCCCUGCGCUGCCUCCUGCUGCUGCGCUACCAGCAGCCGCUCUCCGUCUUCAUGCUCAAGAACCUCUUCUUCCUGGCCUGCCGCGGCCUCGAGGCCAUGGAGACCUGCUGCCUGCUCCGCCCCGGCGCCGGGGGCGCCAAGUACAGCGCGGCCCCUGGCCCGGGGCCCGGCGCCGCCCAGCUCAGCCACUGCAUCUCCGAGAACGACAUGGGGCCCCACGGCUACGUCAACACCCUGGCGGUCAGCGCCCAGAACUGAGCGGGGGCCCCUGCCCCCGCCCCCCUCUCUCCGGCCAGGAACCCUGCCCCCUCAGCCCACUCCUCUACUCACCUGCCCCCUCCAACCCCCGUUUGCCACCUAGUAACACCUAACCUUAAGCAGCGGGGAUGGACAGAGGGCUUAAUUUUACCACACCGUAACUCCAUCCCUUGCCCUUCCUACCCCAAGCCCUCUCGUCUACAUAACCAGCACUGACCUCUGCACUUGUUACCAGCCUCCUUGCUCUGUAUCAGUAUUAUGGGCUGGUCACAGAGUUCUGAGGGGAAAGGAAGUUACCCCCAUACCGAUCUUGCCCCCUUAAUUCUCCCCCUUUCCUAAUCUUGUGAGCUCGACUUUCCAGAACUGAGGGGAGAGGGAAAUUACCCAGCUAAACCUUCUCCCUGGCCACCCUCAUGAACUCAACCUCCUUGCACAGAAGGGAGAUCCACACACCUCUGCCUCCUCCCCAGCCUUGGGAGCUGGUCGGGUUCUCUUUACUCUUCUCCUGUCUUUGAGAGGCCUCAUAACACUACUGCCUAUGGGGACUGGGGACAAAAGAGGGGGCUACCCACCUCCCAGAGAUCACAGGGUAGAGGGAGGUUCCCCAACCAUCCCCUGCCUUAUCUACCUACCACUCUGGUCAGAUUCUCUGUACCAGUCCUUUGCUCCUGACAGGCAAAGCUGCUUCCCAUGCAGCUGAAAGUCACCGAGCAAUACUGCCAUUACACUAGGGGAAGUAAUUCAUCUCCCUGGCAGAACUGCUCUGCCUGCUGCUCAGGGUCUUCACAUCACUGACAUUGCAAUUAAGAGCAGGUGAGGGAUACAUUUUUUUUUAGUUUAACACCUCAUUUCUCUUUCCCAUUUCCCUGAACAAAUCCAUCAGUGGAGUCUAUGCAGAGAUCAUCCUAUCCCUAAGGAAUAACACAGCUUUUCCCAGGAAGUACGCCUGUCCUUGCAGGCCUCUGCACCUUUUGUGGUGUCUAUUUCCUCUUGUGUGCCAUAUCAUGUUUGCAUCAUGGGUUUCAUUGUUUCUUCAUUAUU